CUGGCUGCUGUACCAUUCGUAGUCUGAACUUUGCACUGCACUUGAGGUUGGACUAGCACACUCGGGACUAGCACACUCGGCAAAUGCAACAAAGUAUCUAAAGGUAUAUUUUGCAACAAAGAGGACGAUGGCAACAUCCGUGAAAUUGAACACCGGUGCAGACAUGCCCAUUCUCGGUCUCGGGACGUGGAAGUACCACUCCCACCCAGCUAAAGUAACUGAUGCGGUGAGGGCGGCCAUAGCUGCAGGCUACAGGCACAUCGAUGGGGCCUUCAUCUACCAGAACGAGACAGAGGUGGGAGAGGGCAUUCAUGCCAUGGUCAAGGAGGGGGUGGUGAAGAGAGAGGAGCUGUUCGUGGUCAGCAAGCUGUGGUGCACAUUCCAUGGGAAGUCUAUGGUGAAAGAAGGCUGUCAGAAGACUCUCAGUGAUCUCAAACUGGACUACCUGGAUCUUUAUCUGAUACACUGGCCCAUGGGCUUCCAGCCUGGAGAGGCCCUCUUCCCUACGGACAGCAAUGGAAAUAAUAUCGACGAUGGGUCCAAGUUCCUGGAGACAUGGGAGGCUAUGGAAGAGCUGGUGGAUGCUGGACUGGUCAAGGCUAUCGGUGUCUCCAACUUUAACAAAGACCAGAUUGAAUCCAUCCUGAACAAGCCAGGCCUCAAGUAUAAACCUGCCAACAACCAGGUUGAAUGUCACCCCUAUCUGAACCAGGAGAAGUUGAUCAACUACUGUCACUCUAAAGGCAUCUCUGUGACUGCCUACAGCCCUCUGGGUGCCCCAGACAGACCAUGGUUCAAACCAGGGGACCCUUCGCUGCUGGAGGAUCCCAACAUCAAGGCCAUCGCUGAGAAGCACAAGAAGACCUCUGCCCAGGUCCUGAUCCGCUUCCAUAUCCAACGGAACACGAUUGUGAUUCCCAAGUCUAUCACCCCCACACGUAUCCAGGAGAAUUUCAAGGUGUUUGACUUUCUGUUGAGCGAUGAGGAAAUGAAGACCAUCCUGGGCUUUAGCAGGAACUGGAGAGUCUGCCCAAUGAAAGGGAGCAUGAAGCACAAGGACUACCCCUUCAAUGCUGAAUUUUAAGGAAAGUUACAUCUGGUGCUAUGACUUGGUUGAGAUGUCUGCCCUCUCUGUUGUUUAGAUUCAUUCUUAUUUUUCCCUUUAAGACAAUAUGCAUAAAUUGACAUCCUUGAGCUAGUUUCUAGCGAUUGACUGAUUUAGUAUCUGUGUAUUGCAGUAUUGUUUUUCUCAUGACAUAUACACUGACCUAUGUUAUAGCCUGCUAACCUAGCCUAAUGCACAAUGGUAAUUAUUUUUCAACAAUCAUGGAAACAUAAUUUGACAUAGGAUUGAUAUUAGUGAAGUUUUAAAAAAGCUUGAGAGUUUGGUCACUGGUUUGGUAGGAAAUCUGGAGCCUUGGAUCUGCUAACGCACAAUAGGGUGUUUAUGGCUUCUCACAUGACCUAGUUUGUUUGUCUCUUUCGAUUUGAGUCUCCAAUAGUCUCACAAACUUUUUCAUCAAUGAGCCUCCACAUUCAAAGGCCAUAUAAUAACCAUAUGACUUUAAAGAAUUGAUGUUAACCAUAAGUAUUCAAAGUUUAAGCGGAGGAGCUGGGUAUGUCAUUCCUGGUCUUACUGAAGUAAGUUACAGAAAUAUCACAGUGGUACAUGGACAUUGUGUAUGUGAUGUACAGUAUUACAUAUCAACUGUGAGAUUUUUCAUUUCAAUCUAUCUGUUUUUGUUUCAGGGAUAAGAACAGCCAAAGAGUGGAAAAUUGGCAUAUAGUAGUAUAGACAUAGCUUAUCCAAACAUUUGGUUGAACACUCCUUCCAUCAAAUUCCUAGUCAUAGGAGCCGUUUUCCCUAGAAAUAGUCAUUCACAAUCCUUGCCUUACAGGAUAAACCACUUCUACUCAUUGACUGACUCAUGAUGUGGGUUAAGACUGUUGUGAAAUUCACAGUUCCCUUUUGUGAAAGUUUAAAUAAUUUUUUACCAAUAAAGCUUUCUUUGCUUCA